CCCUCGUGUCCUGAUUCAGCAGACACUUCACCUAAAGUGACUCACUGUAAAUGUAUUGACACUCGUUAUGGAGCUAGGUAGGGGGCUAAGGCGUCUUGGUCUAGGUGGGCCGCGGAUAUUGGGGUUCAGACCCAGAACCUUUCAGCUGCUCAUCAUACACCCUAGCCACUAGACGGUCCUGCAUCUUCUCCAAGCACCCGACACCCGCUCACCUAGCUACUUCUCAGCGGGCGGCAGUACCCCAGGAGGUAGACCGGGUUGGCUGGUAGCCGCAAGGUUGCUAGUUCGAUCCCUGGCUCCUCCUACGAGUGUUGAGGUGUCCCUGAGCAAGACACCUCACCCUAACUGCUCCCGACGAGCUGGCCGUCGCCUUGCAUGACUUACUCUGCCGUCCGUGUGUUGGUGUGUGCGUGAAUGGGUGAAUGUCAGACAAUAUUGUAACGCGCUUUGGAAGAAAGCGCUAUAUAAAUACAGUCCAUUUAGCGUUUACCCCCGUUCUGCUCUCUAUGGCUCUGACCCGCCUGUCCAGCUACCAGGAGACCAGUAGAAGUGCCAGCAGAUGUGCACCCGCGUUUGGGUUCUGGCGGUGGGGGAGUGCUCAGCGUGGCUGUAGCAGAAUGCGUCUCCAUGUGAGCGUGAAGAGGUCAAACGAUAUGCUUCUCGACAACUCGUCUCAGCCCCGUCUGCCGUUGUUACAUCUCUUCUGUGUGUCUGCGGCGUCUCUCAAUUGAGCUCCCAGGGUGCGACUCAGUCUAGAGAACGCCACGCUACAUGGCGUUUAGCGCUGGCUGUUAGUUAGCGGCUGUUGUCAGCGGGGGCCAGAGAUACUCUAUGAUGGAUGUUACCGUUUCAUGUGUCGGAUCCGAAAGACUUCCUGAUGGAAGGUUUUUGGCAAAGGAGGUAAAAAGAACUAGGGAACAUUGGAGAUUGUUGCUGAAUUGAAAUGAAAAGAUUCAAAUUGAAAUCUCUUUGAUAAAGGAGAAUGUUAUCGUUUGUUUAGUUGAUGGUGGGGUGCAACUAUACACCAUUAAGCAAUACAGGGCUUUGUGCUUUAAAUGAAAUAUUCCCGCUUGCUAAUCACUAACAACUCAGCACAUCUCUUAUCCCCACACAUGCAAGCCUCAAGAUGAUUUAGUAGCCAGCAAAUUUAAUCAGAGGACCUAGAUGAAGACUUUUGAAGAUUGCAGGGUCCUUGAGCUGAACUUUUUAAGUUAAUGCAUUUUUAAUUAACAAGAAAUUAGUUAUGUGUUCAAUCAGUAAUUGAUUGAAUCAAGAACCGAUUGAGGAUGGGGCAUGAAUGAGUGUAAUGUAUUUUAUAAAAAACUUUAUUGCCACCCCACAUUAUUAUGCAAAAGGUUAAGUACGCGUGGUGUUUGGGAAGGCAACAAAAACCAUUUGAGACGUCGUAUGAAUAGUAAACAUCCAGGGGCAUCGAGUUGUUUGGAAUGAGCAGGGCGGGGUGGGCGAGGGGCGGUAAACAAGCAGUGAUUUUAUCUGAGGCUCUGGUUCCUAGUCUUAAUUUGGCGUUUGAGGUUCAUAUCAGUUAUUGCAAAAACGCUGUUGUAAAAUUUAGCUCCCGGCGGCGUUUAGUCACUGCUGCGACAGCCAAUAAACAGCCUUGUUUGGCUCGUGAGGGGAAGGGAGGGGAGGGGGGGACGUCUUCAUGACCAGUAAGGUCUGUCUCCUGUUCCUUAUGUCCCCCAGCUGGCCGGCAGUAAAACGACUCCUCUGUUUGUGUGGAGGGAGUGUUUACACCUCCCCCGAUGGCCUGUGGCCUUGCGGUGCCUGCUCACACUGAGCUGAAGUAAGUUAGGGCCCAUUGGCGCGCACGGGAUCCCUCUUUGUGAUGUGUGUGUGUGUGUGUGUCUGUGUGUGUGUUUGUGUUUGUGUGUGCUUGUGCGUCCCCUAGCUCUGAAGGGAGGAAGAUAGAUAAAGGGGAGAGAGAGAGGCAUAAAGGAAGGAGAGAGGGGCAGAGUUAUAACAGACUCAGCGUUAUGCACAUAAAGAAAGGAGAGGGGGAGAUAUAAAGGAGUGAGAUAUAAAUAAGGGGAGAGGGUGAGAUAAAGAAGGAGUGAGUGAGAUAUAAAUAAGGGUAGAGGGUGAGAUAUAAAUAAGGGUAGAGGGUGAGAUAUAAAGAAGGAGAGAGGGGGAGACAAACAGUUUAUAUGAGACAUGUAUAUAAAGAACCGAGGGAUCUAUAUGUAGACAUGGGAGUUGGGGGGAGAGAGAGAGAGAGAGAGAUGUGUAUAAUUCGGUCUCAGGAGGCCUGUCAGUCACUCCGUAGAUCUGGGGAGCUCCAGAUGAUUGCAGGUGAUUCUCUCUGUGCCAGCAGAUGAUGAGAUCUGUGUUUGACUGAAUAAUUCAUGGCAAGACGCUGGCGUUGAUUAUGGGAAAUCAGCGACUCUGCUUGUGUCAUGCAGUUAGUCUUCCCCCGCCUGGUGUUUACUUUUGUGUUGCGUCAUUCUUCUCUCGCUCUUCUUUCUCUGCACUCAUCAUACACCGCACGAGUCAAGUCAUAUAUUUUUCUUUUGGCUUACUGUCUACCACCAUUCCUCCAGCAUUUCAGCUCUAUCUCUUGUUUGCUUUUAGAUUUGGACUUUCUUAUCCACUGCAUCGCCACUACGAGCUAGACUAGCUUACCGAGAGGGACGAGGCCCAUGGAGACAGACCUGUCGGCCAAGACCACCAAAGAGCUGCCAAAUAUAAGACCUAGCCAAAUCAAGAACUACAUGGCUAAAGCCAUAUCCCAACGAUAACUUCCGGACCUCAAGACCUAACCAAACAGUCUUCACCGCUACAGACCUAACCAAAUCAAGUCUUUUAUAGCUGUAGACCUAGCCAAACAAAGUCUUUCAUAGCUACAUACCUAGCCAAACCAAGAUUACAAAAGCUACAGACCUACAUAAACCAAGUCUUUCAUAGCUAUAGAUCUAGCCAAACCAAGUCUUUCAUAGCUACAGACCUAGCCAAACCAAGAAUACAACAGCUAUGGACCUAGCCAAACCAAGACUCCCCCAACCAUAGACCCAAGUUUUUCCCGAGCUAUAAACCUAGCUAGCUGAACAAUGAUUUCAACAGUUACAGCCAACACUUAGCCAAACCAAGUGUUUCAUGGCUAUAAAACCUAACUUCACCAAGACUUGCACAACUACACACCUAGCCAACCCAAGUCUGCCAGACUUAGCCAGGCUUUCAUAAUUAAGCACCAGGUCUACAAUCCACCUCAUCACCUUCCGACCUACCCCCCCAUACGUCUAAUCUCUAUCACCCAAGAUAAUGCCCGCCAUCGUCAACCUGCUGUUCAACACCAUCUCCACCAACACCACCAUCGCCUUCACCCUGGUGCUGCCCCUGGUCAGCGUGCUGUCCCUGCUGGUGGGCGUCGGGGGGCACAUGCUCCUGUGGCUGGUCCUGAUGAGGAACCCGCGGCGGCGCUCCAAGCCCAGCUCGGUGCUGCUGCUGAACCUGAGCCUGGCCGACCUGGGCGCCCUGCUCACGCUGCCCUGCGUCAUCCUCAGCGCCAGCUCCCAGGACUGGCAGCUAGGGGGCACCACCUGCGUGCUGCUGGGGUUCAUGACCUCGCUGACGGCCGGCGUGGACAUCUUCAGCCUGGCGGCGCUGUCGGUGCUGCGGCAUCGCAUCGUGGCGCUGCCCACGCGGGCGCCCACCACACCCACGCACGUGGCGGUGACCAUCACGCUCAUCUGGCUGGUGUCCGUCGCCAUGGCGCUGCCGAAGGUCACCUACAUCGAGUUCAGCGGCGGGUGCACGUGGUCGGUGGAGCGCGCCCAGUGGCUGGGCUUCCUGGUGCCGGCCUUCCUGGUGUACUACGUGGCGCCACUGCUCUGCAUCGCCGUCAACUGUAGCUCCAUCGUGCUACGACUGCACCGCUGCACGGGCGGCCGGCCCUCCGCCGACCGCCGCAACAAGAAGGCCACCGCGCUGCUGGUGGCGUCCACGCUGGCCUUCGCCAUCAGCUGGCUGCCCUACUACGCCCUGGAGUUUGUCAACGUGACGUCGCCGCACGUCUGCUCGGCCGCCUCGCCCAAAGACCCCUUCGGCCCCUCGCAGUGCGGCCCCUCCAACGUCACAUUGUCGUCGCCUUCGUGGCCGCCGCUGCCGUCGUCGCCGUGGCCGCAGUCGUCGACCUCGCCGAUUCCGGAGCAGGAAGCGGAGACGACGGUGUCCCUGCUGUGGGAGGUGGGGUCCCUGACGGCCAUUCUGUUGGUGUGCCUGGCGCCGUGCUGGAACCCGCCGCUCUACUUCCUGUUGUCUCGGCCGGCGGUGCGCGAGCUUCAAGGCCUGAUGCCGGCGUGGCUACGCGAGCGCCUCGAGGGCGAUGGGAAGGCGUCGAGGAGGUGGCGUGUGGCGCCCGCUAGCCCGCCAGCGCUACAACCGGCACCGCGGCCGCCGCAGUCACCGCCACCACAAACCCGCCCCCCGGCGCCGCGGACGCCAUUGGCUCAUAGGUUGAUCCAAUAAAAUGACCACACACACAAAAAACGUUCAUUGAAUUAUGAAACCAAUUCAUUUAAUAUACGGUUACAACAUACCAUAAUGGUAUUGUCUGUUAUAAUAAUAUAUAAUAUACAGUUAUACUUUAAUUGCAUAUUAAAGGCAUCCAAAAUGGCUUCCAUGUGAACCAUUUGGCAAAAACCCAUAGCUGUCCAGCCGCUACCCUUUAGCUUUUAUGGGACCGGUCAGAUUGGAGAGGAAAAUAUUCACAUCCACAAAAGACUUGGUGGCUCUUUACGACCAAGGACAACGGGCUAUAAACGGGCACGCAUCCAGGGUAAUAAAAGUGUGUCCAGGCUGGUAUCUGAGAUCAGAACACCGGAGUCACCCAGCAACUCUUAUUUCUUCCUUUCGGAAGCCUUCUGGUGAAUUUGGACAGGCAUAAGAGGGAAUUUAUAGCAGCUGCUCACCAUUAUGUUUGCGAAAACAGUGUAGAGUGCAGGGUUAAUGCGUCUCGGCUUCCAAGCCUAAUGUGCUAUGGAAAGAGACACGGUAAGGACUUGGGCUGGAUUUUUAUGACUGCAGGUGACCUGUCGUCAUUCUUGAGCGAAGAUGGCCCUAACUCCAGGCAGCACAUCGAUGACCUGUGUCUCACUGUAAGGUGUUCUCCAUAAAAGCUCCUGGAGUGACAUGAAAGAAAGGACCCAACAACUUUUGCUCGAUUAACACUUAGAUUAAUACAAAAAAACAAACCAUAAAAGGUUGACCCAGGCUGGGUUCAUCCCCCUCAACCUGUCCCCCCUAAUCACUGACCCUCCAAAAAUCACUCGUCCAAUCACAACCUUGAAUGGCCCGACAGAAAGGGUGUUCCCUGUUUGCUCCACAGCGGGGAUGAGCACAAGUGUUUAUUCCCAGAGCGUAUUCACCGUGCAAUCCAUGAGGUCAGGGGUCUUAUCCAAUACCUCUCCUGCGACCUUAUUACCGGCCAUGUGAUGAGAAAAGACCCAGGGGUCUUUUUUCCGUCUUCUUUCUCAAUGUAACCUUGAGUUGAGGCUUGUUUCCUGGACACAUGACGUGAAGUGUUUAUGUCAGUGCUGUGGCCCAGCACCGCAGUGGAUGUGCUCAUUAAGGGAGGGCUUUGACAGAAGGACUCCAUCAAUGGAACUGGGAUCUCUGAAGCUCAGGACCCCGGUGUCCCAGGAUGCUUUAGCCCCCCGGGGAAUAGAGAUUAUGUGAAUAUCAGAGUUUCAUGCCAGAUAUGGCGGGAGGGGGCUGUCUUUGUAUGGUGAAGUGACUUUGACCUGAGAGUGUGUUUGUGGGUGCACAGAUUAUGAUGCCAUUCGUCCUAGGCUAUUCAGAUUGCAUGAAGGGUAAUGAGGUCAUUUAUUUGUUGAUUUCUUUCUGAGAUUUGAUGGUACUUAGUAAGCACGUGUACACUCACAUGUGCUCGCAUUAUGAGUGAAUGUGCACAUGUUGGGUAAGUGUGUGUGUGUAUGUCAUCACACACACACACACAGACACACACAACCACACCAUGUAAAAUAACCCGAUAAUAACAGUGUGUUUGCCUCAGCGGCAAAGGUUGAGUGGUGAUGGAAAUUGGUCGUAAUUUGAUGAUGCUCUAACAUGCAAAUGUCAAACGCUGCGUUAUGCUAAAAACCAAAAGCCGACGCCACGGAACAUCGGCCAAGCUAAUAAAUGCCUAACCGUAAGAGCGUGCGGGCCAUAUUCCUGAAGGUCAGGUCACCCCACUCCUGGGACUCGCGGCAAGGAUGAUGAUUGCAUGCUCCGUUACCAUGUGAUGGUCGGCGUUCCAACUGGGGUCCGGCAGCAUGCCAAUCAAUCGACCGACCCCGAUACUACGCUCAAGGACCACUAGAAUGCGGCGAAAGAUCUAUGGGGUUUUAGAAUAACCUCAACCGUCAUCGCCAUGGCGACGUUUGACAGGGCACUCAGGGCUGAUUUUCACAUUCCCCUUGACCUGGUGCCCUUGAACCCCCACACACUACCCCCCCCCCCGGGAGUAGUGUGUGUUCGCUGUUGGUGAUUACAUGCUGCCGGGCGAUUGGCUUGGGCGCUAAUGACAUCGUUUAGCUCGCAGAGGUUUUUAUUCCAGUGGUACGUGACCUCAUCCACCCCCCACACCACCACUGCCCCCGGCCACCAGCAAGGUACAGCCGCCUGCUGCUGAUAUCCUGACGAGUGUUAAUUAAGUGUGCAGAUUAGCUGGUAGAUCCAGAGCAAGUGGGGCCCUGGGGGUAAGACGGGGGGGCCCCCAGGUUUAAUGUUCAGUUUGAGGUCUAAAGGCUCGGAGAUGCUGUCCACCAACUGGACGGUGCUACAGCCUCAAGACGUGGACUAGGUGGACACACUAGACCAAGGCCUGCGUUUAGUGAGGUGUAAUAAAUGUGCAUAUUGGUUUGGUGUCCAGCUACCAUUUUUAUUGCUUGUAAGCGCAGACCACGUGAUUAUUUUUGUUGUUAUGUUCCUGUAUCUGAGAGUUCUGGUCCAGAUUAAUAGAGCAGGACCUUUAAAGCCUGCCUGUCUCUAUUAAUACCAGACCAUCUGUUUGAAGGACUUUACUUGCAGGGCUUGUAUCUGUUGAGACAUAUGGGAUCUAUCACAAUAAAAAUUAAGCUUUUUCU